AUGGAAAAUAUGAUUAAAAAGGCUAAUACUCUUUAUGUAGCUAGUCAUCGCCCUUCUAAUGAUGGUUUGAUAUCUCCUUAAGGAGAAUCUAUAAAAUUUGUAUUAUAAAGUCCUAAUUCAAGAGAUGCUAAACAUACAAACAGAAUAAACAAAACAUCACUUCUUGAAUUAAAAAAGUUUUUUCUUAUUAUAUUUUCAUUAGGUCUAGAAAAUUAGCAUUAGAAUAUUAAAUGAAAAGAUUAAAUAAUAAAAGAAGAUUGAUGAAGACAUUUAGAAAAGUAUAUCUCAUAAGCAUGUUUCUUUCGAUUGCUAAAUAAAUGGAUUCUAAAAAGUUGAAAGGUAACCAUAAAAAGAAAAUACAUGAAUCAUUGAUUUAUCCAGUAAUUUGAAAUAUGUAUUUUAGCUAAGGAGGAUAGGCUUAAAAAGUUAUGGGAUAUUUUUAUGUUAAUUAUUUUGAUUUAUUGUUCUUUUUAUAUCCCUUUUGUGGCUGCUUUUGAAGAUGAAGAAAUUAUAUAUAGUGUAAGUAAAUGGAUAUUCUCAAUAAUAUUUUGUAAUUUAUUAUUCUUAUUUAUAGCUGUUGAUAUAAUUAUUUUAAUGAGAAUGUGUUAUUAUGAUGAAAAUAAUAAUUUAGUAUAAGAUUCUAUUUCAAUAAUCAAACAUUAUUUAUUUGGAUGGUUUAUAAUAGAUAUGAUCUCAGUUAUUCCUUUUUAAUAUUGUUAAUUAAUAAAAGUGUUUAGGAUCAAAAGAGUCUCAUAAAUAGUUAGUUCUUCUUCAUUAAAUUAAAAUAAAAUGUAAACAAUUAUAUAUUGAAUAGCUUGGAAUUUAUGUAUAAUUUUUUAGACGUAAAAUAAGCAACUUUAUUUUAAAUUUUAUUUUUUAGUUUAAUUGGAUUUCAUUAUUCAACUUGUCUCUGGGCUUUAUCAAGAUAAUGGUCAGAUCAAGGGAUUCCUAAAUAUAUAGAUGCUAUUUAUUGGGCAAUGUAAACUUUAUCAACAACUGGAUAUGGUGAUGUAACUCCUACAAGUAUGAUUGAAUAUAUAAGUACAAUUAUUUGCACACUUUGUGGGGGUAUAUUUAUGAGUUUAGUAAUUGGUAAUUUGAGUUCCAUUCUUGCUGAUAUUGAUACUGAAAGUUAAUUUAAUACAACAUUAAAUAACCUAAAAGUAUUAUUUAAUUAAGUUAUUAUACUUCCUGAAUAUAAAACAGAAAUAUCUAAUUUUAUUCUUACUAAUCAUAAACACAAUUAAAGUUGGUCUCUAAAUUAAUAAGAAUGGUUUAAAAUACUACCAUAAGAUUUAUAAAAUAAAAUUUUGUUGGCUGUUGCAAAAAAAGAAUUAUUAGGAAUCUCUUUAUUUAGAAUUUCUAUUCCAUUCUCAUUGAAAGUCAUUAGACAUAUAAGUCUGAUGAAGGCUAAAGCUGGAUAGCUAAUUUGGUUAAAAGGAGAUCCAGUAGAUGAAAUCUAUUUUCUUGUUGAAGGAAUGGUUUAGUAUAGAAAUCAAUUUGGAAAAGAACUAUUAGAAAUUCAACCAGGAUCUAUAUUUGGAGAAUAAGAAUAUUUCAACAGAAGAUAAAUUAUAUAAAGAUAAUAAUAGCGUAGUUAAUAUGCAAUAGCAAAAAAAGAUUGUUAUUAUUUAAUUAUUCGUAAUUCUCAUUUUUUUAAAUAUUUAAAAGAGUUUCCAGCUUUAUAAAAAUAUUUAUAAAUGUUAGUAGAACAUAGAUUAGAUGAUAUUUUAAUUAGAUUUAAACAAUAUGAAAUAGAAGCAGAGAAAGAAAGAGUUAGUGCUUAGAAAUUAGAAUUAAUUAAAUCUGCAAAUAGAAUAGAGGUUAGAGAUUAUAAAGGAAUUAUUAAACAUAAAUAAAGUGUGAUAUAUGAUACUAGGUAGAGUAACACUGAAAGCAUUUUAGAAAAAUUAUUAAAGAAUAGAAUCACAAAAAUUAAUAUGUUGAUGGAUAGGUUUAGAAAAGUUGUUUAAAUGAUCAUAUUUGCUAAUAGAACUUUAGAUAAACAAUAUUUAUCAUCUAAAACAACAUCAAUUUAAAAUUCAUAGACUAAUCUUUAUACAAAAAAAGUUAAAUCUAAUCAAGUUUUACCAAUGGGUAUUUUAUUAAAAAUGAGAUAAAAAUUUAUAGAAAUAAAAUAACUUAAGAAAAUUUCAUUAGCUAAAAGAAAUGAAUUUAAAAAAGUAUUUUAAGCAUUAUUUUAAAACAACAAUAAUGUAAUUAAUUAAUUACCUAGAAAUGAUAGUUAAGAGAUUUAAGAAAAAAAGAAAAAUGUUGUAUUAAUUCGUAAUCCUUCUUAAAAAUUAGAUGAAUUUUUUACAUAAAUGAAAGUAUUAUAAAGAAAUCUGAAUUUAGCAUAAUGGGCAAUACAAGAAAGUUAAAAGGAUUUAGAGAAGGAAAUGUAAAGUAUAAAUAGAUUAUUUGAUAAAUAAGAUUUCUCCAAAAUGAUUUGA